GGAUACAAAUAUGACUCAUAUCAAGUGUAAGAUAUUCAAUUGGACUGGAAAAGAUGAAAUUGUUGCUCAAGGUCAUUGGGUUUCUAGUGAUCCGAAAAUACUUGUUAACGGUAUUCCACUCUGACCUAAAUCCAUGAUUGUUUGGAUUGAUGACAUUAUAAGUCCUGAAUGUUUUUUGUGGAGACCUACACUAGACAUGACAUCCAUCAAAGAUGUCAGUGGAACCAAAAUAGCAUGGCCUAGUGAUAAGGUUGUAUUAGAAAAUAUCUCUAAUUACAAUUUGCAGUCUGCAAACAAAUCAUCAUCUUCUCAGGUACUUGUAUAUGCUUAUAAGCAUUAAUUUAUAUUUGACUAUGUCUUUUAUUUUCUAUUUUCGGAGUAUAAAAAAUUCAAAGAAAAAGUGCAACCUGUUAGAUAUCAGUGGCUCAGGAAAGAUAGUUGCUGAAGGACAUUGGUCAUCAAGUGAUCCAAAUCAACUUGUUCACUUUGUUCCUUUAGGUCCUAAUGCAAUGAGGGUGUGGGUUGAUAUGCCUAGUAUCCCUGAUGCAUUACUUUGGAGGCCAACAUCUGAGUUGGAGUGUAUUAAAGAUGCUGUUGGUACUACAAUAGCUUGGCCAUCAAAGAAAGUUGUUGUGCUUUAAAAAGUUGAAAUAUUUGGGCUCAAUUGGUAAAGACGAAGUCAUAUGUUCCGCCUCUCUCUCCUCACUCGCACAUUCGAAAGAGCCUCUAGGGUUCUCAUUCUUAUCGCUUGGCUUUAUUAUGUCUCAUCCUUCGCACAUUCCUUUUUCUUGGACUGAUUAAAACUAUUCCCACAGCCCCACAUCAGGCCCAUUUGAACGGGCUCUUCUAGCUUGAC